GUUUGAUUUCAAAUCCCCACUUCAUUGUUUGAUGGGGUGGGGGUUGCUGCAACAUUGAAAGCCAGAUGCAUUAUUUGUAUCAGGAGUCAAAAGCAAAGAUACUAGAGGAUCUUUGGUCUAAAGAGCAGAGAGAGAGAGAGAGAGAAAUCACACUGGGGGCGUGAAACCGCGACGGGCUGAGACUUAAAGCAAGAGCAGUUCCUCAGCCGCGUGGCAGCCCACGUAGAACGGGGCGGGAGUUACCGCCUGGUUCUUGGCGUUUGCAUUUUGCUGCUCGGGGUCAGCAAAUUAUCAAGAUGGACGAUGGAAAACAAGUGAAUGGCUCUGAAAGUAAAGUAGUAAAAAUUGAAGAUGUAAUGGGAAGUCAUAUUGAAGACCCAGUUACUUUCUGGGGUCAGAAUAUUGAAUUAAUUCAAGACCUCCUUAAGGUGUCCACUGCUUUGACAGAAAUUUGCCCAUUUGCUGCUAAAGUAUUUGGAGACCCUGUCCCUGAGAAGAUAUAUGGUGGAUUGUAUUCUGAAGAUCAAUGUUGGUAUAGAUGUAAACUGAUAAAAAUGAUGACCAAUGAAAAGUGCCUGAUGACAUAUGUCGAUUAUGGAAAUUCUGAAACUCUAAAAAAGCCAUGUAUUGUUGAACUUCCAGAAGAUUUACAACGUCCAGGUUUAGCCAGCAAGUUCAGACUUUGGGGUCUUCAAGUUCCACCAAAGCAAGAUGUCACUCCAUUUGACCAGGGAAGAAGAUUUCUGGCCAGUUUAAUUAAUGAUAAAAUAAUUAGAAUCAGCCACAGAGAUGCAGCUCACGAUGGAACCUUUCUUGUUGAAGCUGAGAGUGAUGCUCUCAACAUUGGCCAGGAGGUUGCUGAUAAGGGGUUUGCUGAAAAAUACAAUGUGGUUCCGAUCUACAACAUUGAAAGAGUAAAGAGUACUGCAGCCACACUGAUCAAUGGCAGUAAAGCAGAAGUGGUUCAGGGACUAAGCAAUGGUUCACAGAAAGUGAAGAAUAUUCUGGACUCAAAAAAUGAUUAUCUUGGAAUUAAAACAAAAGGUCGAAUGAAAUCCAUACAACAUAGAAGCAGAGAUAUAAAGAUGGAUGGAAAAAAUGCCCUUGUGCAUGCAUUGGAGAAAAAAUCACUGACCCACUGUUGUUCAGGACAGAUGCAGGACAUGAUCAAGAUACAACAUGAUCAAAGAUUACUGGAAGAUCAAAAUGAAAACUUGAGAACAAAAAAUGUCACUUAUCUCCAGAACUGCCAGUUGCUGGAAAGGCAGCUUAAGCAGCAGCAGCUGGAAUUGAAAAAAAUGGAGGAAGAAUUAAAACAGCAUCAAAAGGCAGAAUUGAAAUUCACAGAUGAUCUGAAGCAUGCUGUUGAAACAAAGCUCGGGUGUUUGGCAGAGAAGAUUGAGAAACUCAAACAGUUUAGGAGUGAGUUGAAUGAGAAUCGUUUCGGAGAUGACCUUUCUGAUGCAAUGAAAGUUAUAACUGAGGGAUCUCUUCAAACGCCACAGUCAAUGAAGAGUCUCGAAAAUAUUUGGAAUGAAUACGACUUGGCCCAGGAAGCACUUAGAAAAUGCAAAUCAUUGGAGGAUGUGCACGCCCUCAUUGACAAGCGUAAUGAGUUACGCAACGCACUCUACGCUGCAGCUGACGAGUUCACCUCUGAAAUAGACACGUUGUCCAUCCGAGAUCGUGUAAAUGUUCUGAAGUCUUUAACUUGCUCAAUGAAUGCUGCAUAUGGCCCACAUGAGAUUGAGCACAAUUCAUACCAAAUGUUUGAUCGGUUUAUUGAGUGGAGAAACAGUAAACUACAGGAGUUCAACGACGUUAAACAUAGAACAGCCAUAUCUCUGCAGGUGCUUGCAAAAUGGUUUGACAAAACAGUGAAGAUUUUUGAUCUGAACUCCAGAGCUUCCUCACCCUCAAUAGGGGACUGCAAAAGUGUUGAUGAAAUGCUGGAUGAAGCAGAGCGUGACGUAUGCAGAGAACUUGACAUUUCAACCACACAAAAAUGUGAACUUGAUAAGAAAAUAAUCCAUGGUGCCUUCAAUGAAGUGAUGCAAAAGAUCAACCAGGAACACAGCCUACUUUUGAUUAUUGAAAAUAGAUAUGCAGAUAGUGUACAGUUUAAGAAGCAAGCUGGGCAAUGGCUUAAUACUUAUCCCAGUGUUGGAAAUCUGCUGUCAAUCAAAAGAUCGGUGAAGAAUCUUAAAGCUCAACUGAGAUGGAAACUGGUUGAAAAGAACAAUAUAGAAGAUUUGGACAAUUAUGAUGAUUUGAAGGUUCAGAAGAUGAAGGAAGAAAUACAGAAACUUCGAGAUAACAUCUAUGAAGAGAUCUGCUGUGAAAAAGAAGAAUAUGAGAGGCUUGACAAUAUUGUUCAGCGUUGGUUUCCUGAGCUUCCUCUGCUCCAUCCUGAAGCAGCAAUCAAAAGUUACAUGCAAUCUGCCGGACUACUCACCGAGAGCCUGGAGCGUGAUUUGUUUGAUCCAGAGCCCAUGAGAGAAUUGAGCAGCAAGCGAUCAUUGGUGUGCUCUGAAGUUAAAUCCAAGAGAAUUCUCUUAAAGGGCUAUUCUGUGGAUUUUGCCACUGAGGCCAACAUGAUUGAAAGGGCAGCUGCAUAUCACCGAGCUUGGUCUGUGUUGAAGGAAAACUCUGGACUUCUACCAAUUCUGUACCUGUUUGCUUGCAAAUCUGAGCCAGUAGCAUAUGUCAUGUUACCCUUUUAUCCAGGAUGUAGUCUGAAAACUGUGCAGGACACCAACCCCCUAAACUCAGCGGAGGUAAUUAAAGUAAUGCGAGGCGUUGCAACAGGAUUACAGACACUUCAUAGCUCAAAUAUUGUUCACGGCGCCCUCCAUCCUCAUAAUGUGUUUGCUGUCAAUCGUGAACAUGGUAUCGUUGGAGACUUCGAUUUUACCAAGUCUGCUGAUCAACGUAAUAUUGUCGGCUGGAUGGUGGCUGAUAAAGUGAAUCUUGUAGCCCCAGAGGUCAGAAGUGGCCAGUCUGCUACCCUUGCAUCCGACGUGUUUGCUUUUGGACACCUGCUUUUGUGGUUGAAUUUUCCGAAGAAUGAUUUCGCAGCAAAACCUGAUGGUACUGUAGAUUUUAGUGAGCUAAGUAUGGAUCCUAAACUGCGGAGCUUGGUGUCAAGGUUGACAUGUUUCAGCCCUGUUGACAGGCUGGAAGUUGACCAGUUGAUAAAGGAUGGUUAUUUUCUGGCAAUUUAGACUGACACCUUUCAGAAAACGAGUACCUCAAUGCUGCAUGAAAACAAUGUGGUCACGUCUUUGUGGAUUAACCCAAUUCAGAAUUGCUUGGUGAAACAGCAGUAUAAGACCUUUCCCAAAUUUAUAUUUUAUUGUUCCAUUUUCAUCAUUGUUUUAAAUGUUUUGUUUCAUCAAGUGCUUCUGGUGACUUCAUCAGGCUAAUAAAGAUAAUGCAGAA